CUUGUUACAUACUGAGGCUCAACAGGUCAAUCAAAUGACUGGGAAUUACAUCGAUCAUCCGCGCAGGGCUAGCUAACAGAUUGUAGAGCAAUGGCGGUUAAAUUACAGAUGUUGGGGUUUUAUGUCUUCAUUCAUAAUUUCGUUUUAAGUCUUGGCAAUUCAGAUGUGCAGUGGAAGAAAUAUGUGGAUCAGUAUUCAGAGGCUUUGGGGCAGUAUAAGCCAUGUAAGCAACAGAACUGUAGCUGUUACCAGAGUGUGUGGGAGGAAGAUCUUUUGCCUUUCCAAGGAGGGAUAUCCAGUCAGCUGCUUUUGGAGACGGUCAAACGGGAGAUUGGAACACACUACCAAAUCAUCAGAAAUAAGCUAUAUCGUGAGGAUGAGUGCAUGUUCCCUGCUAGAUGCAGUGGAGUGGAGCAUUUUAUUUUGGAAAUUAUUGACCUUCUUCCAGACAUGGAAUUGGUAGUCAAUGUUCGUGAUUAUCCACAGGUCCCAAAAUGGAUGCAGCCAGUCUUGCCUGUAUUUUCCUUCAGCAAGACCUCAAAGUAUAGUGAUAUUAUGUACCCUGCCUGGACAUUUUGGGAAGGAGGUCCGGCUGUGUGGCCAAUUUACCCUACUGGUCUUGGUCGAUGGGACCUCAUGAGGCAAGAUCUUGAAAAAUCUGCCAGAAAGUGGCCGUGGGCAGAAAAGAUUUCAAAAGGAUUCUUCAGAGGCUCCAGGACCAGUGAAGAGCGUGAUCCUCUCAUUUUAUUAUCCAGGGAUAACCCAGACUUAGUUGAUGCAGAGUACACCAAGAACCAGGCCUGGAGAUCAGAAAAGGAUACUCUUGGGAGGACUCCAGCAAAGGAAGUUCACUUGAUCGACCAUUGCCAAUACAAGUAUCUGUUUAACUUCCGUGGUGUAGCAGCCAGUUUCAGAUUUAAGCAUCUAUUCCUUUGUGGCUCACUAGUGUUCCAUGUUGGGAAUGAAUGGCUUGAAUUCUUCUAUACCCAGUUGAAACCAUGGGUUCACUACAUUCCAAUCAAGCAAGACUUGUCUGAUGUUAGUGAUUUGUUGCAGUUUGUUAGGGAGAAUGAUGACAUUGCAAAGGACAUUGCUGAGAGGGGACGCCAAUUUAUAUUGGAUCACUUGACAAUGGAGGAUGUUUCUUGCUACUGGGAGACUCUUCUGAAUGAAUACUCAAAGCUUCUGACUUACAAGCCACAAAGGAAGAAACACUAUAAUCAGAUUUUUCCUAAACAUAUCAAAACAGAACUUUAACCUCCAAGUAUUACCACUAAAAAGCUAAUGUUCAGAGCUGGACUCUACACCCCUUCACAUUGUCAUCAUUCUUCAAAGUUUGUGAUUCACUGUGCAUUUCAGAAAAUGUGGGGCUACAGAGCACAGGUUAAAAACAGCUCAGUUAUGAUUGGCUCAUUAAUGCAUCCCACCUGGAUGGCCUGUUAUAAAAGUCUAAUAUUGAUAUUAAGACAUUUUGCUGCUGAUGGUAUAUUUAACACCCAUAUUUAUAAAAUUCCACUUUUUUGUGGAGUAGAAAAGGAAUAAAAUCUUUUCAGAUAUUAAUGUAGAGUUGAAUGUUGUUUUGUACUAGCACAUCUUAAAUGAAAUGCCAAAGUAUAGGAAGAAACAUCAACAUAAUACUUAAGUAUAAAAAAAUCAUAAUAUCAUGAUUUGAAGUUAAAAUAUUGACUCUGUUUUCUGGAGUAUAAUGUUUGUUUAGACUGAAACAAAACGGAAUUGUGCUAUAAAAUGUAAGUGAUGGUCUGAAUAUUAACUGUUAAAUAAAACAAGUAAACAUUCCUGAACCAAUUUUUUCUUGAUGCAUUUUUAAUGUAGCCAUUAAUGUGAUGCAUUUAUUAACCUUUGCUUUGUCCUCACUCCUAGUAGAAGUUGGGGUGGGUGAAACUUCUUUUCCUGGUACACAUAAGUGUUGCUUGCUUGUUCAGGUGGGAAGGGAAUUGUCUUUCCUGGUAUUUCUUCCUCCUUUGGCUCAUGUUUUACCUUUUCUUACUAUUACAUGAACAUCUGUAACACAGCGUACUUGCACAGUCCUGAACAUGCCCACCGAUGUCUGUUUUAGUACUACAUUUAUUUUUACUGUUUGUGUGGCAUAAUCAGUAGGCAACUUCUCCAAGUUAACACGCUGUUUUGCUACAUCAUUUUAGCUAGCUCUGUGGCUUAAACCAACUCCACUAGACUGCAAAAAUGUCUGCUAUUAAACAGUGUCAUAAUUUA